CGAGCACAUUACUGUGAAAGCAGAUGAUAUGGUGUGUGUGAACUGUCAAAUGUAGCAGAAGAUUUAGAAUGUUUAAUUGUAGCAAGCAUCCCCGUCAUAUCAAACGCACGAAACACUCGUAAAAUUUUGUUCGCCACAAAGAAGGGAGUACCCUAAGCUCCCUGCAAAGGCGGACUACAGUAAAGGGAAGGCCCCGUUAAAUUAAUAGUCACAUCGGUGAGCAACCUUGGUGAAUUUUAGCAACGAGCAGCGACACAAUGCACAAGCUGGAUGAUAAUGCACUCACCCGGAUGUUGUCCUCGUAUCGGGAUCCUACGGCAACCAAGAAGGACGUCACAAAUGCUUUACGCAUUUACCAUGGACUGCAACAUCGGAUGGAAGAGUACGUGUUCAACGAUGGUAGCACGAAAAUGUUACUCAAUCUCCACGGCACUAUACCGGUGAAGUAUAAGGGCAAUACGUAUAACAUUCCCAUUUGUAUCUGGCUUAUGGAUACACACCCGAAGAAUGCUCCUAUUUGCUACGUAAAGCCAACGUCCGAAAUGCGCAUCAAGGUGUCGGCGUACGUUGAUUUCAAUGGGAAAAUCUAUUUGCCGUAUCUGCACGAUUGGAACCCGAAAAAUGCCGAUCUGUUGGAUCUGAUUCAAAUCAUGAGCGUCACAUUUGGCGAAGUGCCUCCAGUGUAUUCCAAAGGACCAGAAACAUCGUAUCAGCAGCCAUCUUACAUGCCUCCGACACCGGCCACCAGCACCUCGUACAUACCUCCGUACCCAACGCAACAGUUUGCCCCGUAUCCAGUGGCAGGCCAAGGAUACAAUAACUACGGACAACCAGCGCCCGGUGCAACCGGUCCCGGUUAUGGAUUGCCUUACGGAAUGCCCUAUCCACCAGCACCAGGAACAAUAGCUGGAACUACACCAGCCGUGAACCAAGGUACCGGAACGAUCACAGAGGAACACAUCCGGGCAUCGCUAAUAAGUGCCGUAGAGGAUAAACUGAAGCGACGGGUACAGGAAAAGAUGAACCAGUGUCAGGCUGAGGUGCAAACGCUUAAGCGAACACAGCAAGAGCUGAACGAGGGUCAAGUCAAGAUUAAGGACAUCCUUACGCGGCUCGAACGCGACGAAAAGGAACUGACGAAGAGUAUCACCGUGCUAAAGGAUAAGGAAAAGGAGCUGGAACGUGCACUGGAGUCGUUGGAUAAUGUUGAAUCGAUUGAUGUCGACGAAGCGGUCACCACCACUGCCCCACUUUACAAACAAUUAUUGAAUGCCUACGCUGAAGAAGCCGCCAUAGAAGACGCGACCUACUUCAUGGGUGAAGCCCUUCGCAGCGGGGUGAUUGAUCUGGAGGUGUUCCUGAAACAGGUUCGACAGCUAUCGCGAAAGCAGUUCAUGUUGCGUGCUCUUAUGCAAAAGUGUCGACAGAAGGCGGGCUUUAGCGUUUAAUUCUAUGUGCAACCGAAAACCGUGAUUCGUGACGAAAACACCCUAAAGGAACCUCGUCGACUAUAUGUGCAUGUUUCCGUUUCGGUUAUCUCUCCUGUGCCUAUUUCCUGUUUUUGAUUGUGUUAGGUUUGCGCCGCUGACCUGUUAUUUUCAUCGUCUAUCAUGAUAUUAUAGUCCUCUCAUUCGUUUCGUGCUAUAUCGCGUAUAAUAAAGCUUACACGUUUCAAACAUCA